UNUUUAUGGUGUCACAACUUCGAUUAAAGAAAACCAAAGAAAAGAAUAUUCAUUGGUGAUAGAAUAUGCUGAAAAUGGUACCCUCCGAAAAUAUUUGAAAGAAAAUUUUGAAAAUCUCACUUGGGACAAUAAAUUUAAUCUCGCAUUUCAAUUGGUUUAUGCAGUAUCAUGUUUGCAUGAUAAAGGGAUCGUGCACCGUGAUUUGCACUCCAAUAACGUGUUAGUCCAUCAGAAUACUAUUAAGCUAGCAGAUUUUGGUUUAUCAAAAAGAAUUGAGGAAACAUCUAACCCUCAAUCGAGAACAUUUGGAUUAAUUCCUUACGCUGAUCCAAAAAGCUUUAAUAGAAGUACAACGAAUUUAUACUUAUUAAAUAAAAAAAGUGAUGUUUAUAGCAUUGGAGUAUUACUAUGGGAGAUAUCUAGUGGUCAGCCUCCUUUUCAUGGUAUACCGUAUGAUGUUGGUUUGGCUCUAAGUAUUCUACAAGGACUCAGAGAGACACCUAUUCCAAAUACGUCUAUAGAUUAUAUAAAAAUUUAUACCGAUUGUUGGAAUAAUGAACCUGAUAAUCGUCCAACUAUUAAUCAAGUAGUUGAUGAAUUAAAAGUACUUAUAAUAAAAGAAACAUAAAUAUAAAGGAUUUUCACUUAUAUGAU